AUGGCCUCUGCUACAAGUGAGCUUGUGUGGAUGUUCUUAUUGGCUGACCUGCACAUUGAUCACAAGAGUCCGGCAAAGCUACACUGCGACAACCAAGCUGCACUUCACAUAGCUGCCAAUCCAGUCUUUCACGAAUGCACCAAACACAUAGAGAUCGACUAUCAUGUUGUUCGUGAGCGCAUACGCUCUGGGGUUAUUUCGACAGCUUAUGUACCUACUGGACAGCAGCUUGCCAAUAUAUUCACCAAGCCACUUGGACAAUCAGCAUUCCGUUCUCUACUUGGCAAGAUGGGUGUUCUUGACAUUCACACUCCACCUUGA